UUAUAAAGCUCUGGAAGUAAGAGUUUUAUAGAUACAUAGUUAGGAGCCAUAGAGCACGAACGCCCCACUUGCACGUGAGCGCCAUGAAGAAAUACGUGGUGGUCUGGGGGGCAACAUUUUUUGUCGUGGUGUGUGUGUCGCUGUAUCUAAUGAUGGAGACGGUGUCCACGAACAUGGGGAAAUCCCAGGAUCUGGAUGCUAGGUUGGUUGAAGAUAAGAUAGCGAGGAUCCGAUCUGACAUUUCUAAAAACCAGCAAACAAUCCGAGAAAUAAAAGACUACGUACGAUCAAUGAGUCAAGGGGACAAGUCAGUGUUAAACAAACUUCAGAGUGUUCUCGACCAACAGGAACCGGAGGUCAAGCUUGAUGACCUUUUGAAUGUCAACAAGGACAAGGUCAAGGAUACAGACAACACCGCCCUGGUGUUUCACCCAAAGGGAGGAGUCAAGCUGAGUGGGGAUACUUGUAGCCUGGCAGAGGGUCCGAAUCCAAAGAGUGAUAUACAGAUGUUAAGAGUUUAUGAGAAUCUGAAGUUUGAGAAUCCUGAUGGGGGAGCAUGGAAGCAGGGAUGGAGAGUUACCUACCCUGAAGGGAAGUGGAACGCUGACAACAUGUUACACGUGUUUGUGUUACCACACAGUCACACAGAUCCAGGUUGGGUUAAGAAGUUUAUGGAUUACUACACACAGCAGACCAAACCUAUCUUAGACAAUGUCCUUAACUUCCUGGCAGCAGACUCGCGGCGGCGGUUUAUCUACGCAGAGCUCUCCUUCUUCUCUUUGUGGUGGGAGUCGUUGAGUGCAGAUAAAAGGGACACCACAAAACGGCUGAUCAAUAAUGGACAGCUGGAGAUAGCCACAGGGGGAUGGGUGAUGAAUGACGAAGCUAACGCUCACUUCGCAGCAAUGGUGGACCAGUUAAUAGAGGGGAACCAGUAUCUGCAUGGAGUGACAGGUUUCUCUCCCAAAUCUGGCUGGGCAGUUGACCCCUUUGGAUACUCUCCCACCAUGGCAUACCUUCUGAAGAGGUCAGGGGUCAGUGGGAUGCUGAUGCAGAGAGUUCACUAUGUCCUCAAAAAACACCUGGCUAAGAAUAAGAACCUGGAGUUUAUGUGGAGGCAACUCUGGGAUACAGAAGGAAGUUCCGACAUUUUGUGUCACGCCAUGCCAUUUUAUUCGUACGACAUUCCUCACACCUGUGGACCUGACCCUAAAAUCUGUUGUCAGUUUGACUUUGCUCGAAUGUCCCCGGGGCCAUACAGCUGUCCAUGGAGGGUACCUCCUCAGGCAAUCACCGAGUCUAACGUGGCAGAAAGGACAGCCCUGUUAAUCGACCAGUACAAGAAGAAGGCCUCGCUAUAUGGUAGUAACGCUCUCUUUAUCCCACUCGGAGAUGAUUUCAGAUACGAUAAAGCAAAUGAGUGUGAGAGGCAGUUUGACAAUUAUCAGAAAAUCUUUGAUUACCUGGAUAAGAACCCACAGCUAGGGGUCAGGGCUAAGUUUGGUACCCUGACUGAGUAUUUCAAUAAAAUCCAUGAGUUAUCUGGGUCACAGCCUGGCAGUAAACCCCCUGAUUACCCAGUACUGACUGGCGAUUUCUUCACUUACGCUGACAAGGAUGAUCACUACUGGUCUGGUUAUUUUACGUCACGGCCGUUCCAGAAACAGCUUGACCGACACAUAGAAACAAAUCUAAGGUCAGCAGAGAUAGCUCUGAGUCUGGCUUCAGUUUACCAGGAGAAGCACCGGUUGACCGGUUUCCCAGUGGACCAGAUGAUGCAGCUGUUGGUGGAGGCCAGGAGAAACCUGGGUCUAUUCCAGCACCAUGACGGAAUCACAGGCACCGCCAAGGACUUUGUGGUGGUGGACUACGGGGAGAGACUGUUGACAGCAGAAAACAACUGUAAAACCAUUAUUGCUGAGGCAGUGGCCUUUAUCUCCAUGGCAACAAAGAGUGAUUACAAACAAAGCCGAUUCUUUGACUUUGAUGAGAUCAGAAAAAGUCAUGACUCCUUGAUAAAGAGAAAUGUCCUGCAAGUUACAACCAGACCAAGUUCUGUGAUUUUAUACAACUCUCUGGGCCACCCCAGACAUGAAGUGAUCAACCUCCAUGUUAGUGACCCCAAUGUAGAGGUCACUGACUCCCAGGGCAGGGUCAUCUCCUCCCAGACUGACCCCUACUGGACAGAACCAACCACAAUGUCUGAGGGGCGGUUCAAGUUGUUCUUUGUUGCGGAGGUUCCAGCUCUAGGCAUCACUCGGUACCAGAUCACACAGAAGGAGAGGGGCUCUCACAACAGUCUGAGUAAAGUGACAUUCUACAACAGUGGAGAACCCUCAUCUGACUCUGCAUUUUCUGUGGAAAGAAAAAGUUCUGUGGAGUUUAGCCUUGAAAACUUGUAUCUCAAGGCCACAUUCUCUGGUACCAAUGGACUACUGAAGACUGUUAUGACAAAAUCCACAGGUGAUACACAUAGGUCAGAGGUCAGCUUCCAGACAUACGGAGCACGCUCAGGAAAGGAACGCAGUGGUGCUUACUUGUUUAUACCUGAUGGACCAGCAAAGCCUCUCAGAGUGAGUCAUCCAGUGAUAAGAGUUGUGCGUGGUCCGAUCGUGUCAGAGGUGUCUGUCUUCAUCAACCACGUCCAACAUGUGGUCAGACUCCACAACACCACAGGCCUUGAUGGUAGAAGUUUGGAUGUGUUUAAUCUGGUGGACAUUAGAAAUGAAGUGAACUACGAGCUGUCUAUGAAGAUUAUCACCGACGUCCAGAACUCCAAACAGGAAGUGUACACGGACCUCAACGGCUUCCAGAUGAUCAAACGUAAGACGUUUGAUAAACUUCCAAUACAAGCCAAUGUCUACCCGAUGCCGGCCAGCGCUUUUAUAGAGGAUGAUAAAACUCGCUUCAGUGUCCUCACAGCACAGUCUCUAGGUGUCGCCAGUCUACACAAAGGUGAGAUCCAGGUGAUGUUGGACCGGACGCUGAACCAGGAUGACAUGAGGGGUAUGGGACAGGGGGUCAGGGACAAUAAACCAACCCCCAACAGAUUUAGAAUCUUGAUUGAGCAACGAAGCUCCCCUCCUGUGAAAGAUAAACUAACAGGAUUUCCAUCUUUAGAAGCUCACCUGAGUUAUCUACAACUAGUCCACAAAAUCAACAUACUUCCCCAGAAGUCCUCAGUGAGCAUGCCGCCAUUGCUAUCCCAGCAUUCCUUCCUAUCCGUGCCUUUACCUUGUGACGUACACUUACUAAACCUACGCUCACUACAGAAGAGUUACGAUGGACCAAUCACACGAGGCGAUGACUCAGCCCUGCUGCUACACAGAGUAGGAGUGGAUUGUGGGAUACCUAACACAGAUUUACAGUGUACCUAUACACAGGGCAGGGUCCGUUUACGAGAAUUGUUCAGUGAUGCUUUGGGAGUUAGAGAGAUCCGGCGGAUGUCCUUGACAUUGCUCCAUGAUAAAGGUCCCACAUCACUGGACAGUGACCUGACCUUGGACCCAAUGGAAAUCUACAGUUUCAAGGUCAAGUGGUGAUGGAUCUAAUACUUCCUGGAUAAUGCAAGACCCCAUGGUGAUCAUAUUUUGUGAUAAAAAUUAAAACCUCUAAUGAAGUAAACUGUGUAGAAUGUGAAUCUUCUUUAAAGAUUUAUAUUGAACUAACUGUCUGAGGUGUGAAACCCUCCUUAAAGGUCUUAAGGAAAUGCUGCUGAUUCACGUGUAUCAGAAUGGAUGUAGAAGUUUGUACUCAAGAACGAAAGAUGAAAAUAAUGUUUAAUUUUUAAUGGCGAGUUCUAAAAGAUGCAAGACUUGGGUAUAGUGCAAUGAAGAUAUCAAUAAUUAAGGUAUUGAGAGUUAAGAUAUUGUUAAUUAAGAUAUUGGUAAUUAAGGGUUAUGCAUAUCAUCCGGUAACUGUUCGUUAUCUCCAUAUAUUUCAUACAUUUGUUAUGAUCAUAAGUCAUCGAAAAAGGGAAUGAGAGUGGUUUGAUUUGGUGAAAACUGAAAUACUUGUGUAUUAGAUUGCUUAUCGUAAUUAAAAUACUUCUUUUGUCAGUCCAACUAAUAGUCAUCCAAAAAACAUGAAAUUAUUUAAAUAUACAUGCAUGAUUUAACUUUCUAUGAAUUCCAUAUACAUGUACUGUAAGUCAUUAUCAUGUGUGAAAAUUAUUUGAGAGUUUUGCAACCUUCUUUUUCUUGUGAAUGUUUCUUGUGCAAUAUACUAAGCCUUAAUCCAACAUAUCAUAUGUAAAUUAAACCUGUUGCAAAGUAUAGCUUUUUUUCUGUAAUUUUUCAUAAGCUGAUCAUUUUUCAUAAUUUUUGAAAUACUUAUAAAAAGCUUGGUUGCUGUUUGAUCAUCACAUUUUACAAUAAAACCUGUCUAAUCCGACAUGCACUGGGAGACAAAUUUUUUGUUGGAAUAGACAGGAUUGCACAGAAUAAAGAACGCAGAAAUGGGAAUUUAAAUAAGGGUCCGGAUUCACAGUUAAAUGGAUUCUACAAGUGUUGGAUUAAACAGUUUUCACUGUAUAUAGUUUGAAACAUUGAUAUUUUCUGAAUUACUUAGACAGCUAAUUAUCUGUAAUAAUUACCGAGACAGCUAAUUGUAUGUUUUAUUGUCUUAUUUCUCAAGGAUGAUUAACGGAAUUUUGUAUGUGUGAUUGUUGAAGUUAUUGAUGGUCAUGAAUUAUGAAAAAUAUUGUUGGUGUAUAUUUAUUGCUUACAGAUACCAGAAGUCAUGAUUAUGAUUUUUGAAUACACUUUAUUUAUUGUAGAGCUUGUAAAGUUUUCAGACAUUGUGAUGUAAAUACUUACGCUCUUUAGGAUCAAUGUGUGCAAGAUGUGUAUUAUCAGAUUCUAACAUUCCAUAAUUGAACAGAAUUUGAAGAUUUUAUGGUGAUAAUAUCCACUUGAUUUCGGUCACUUCAUAAGUGGCACUCGGUGAAUUAUAAGGUAUUUUGUAUGAAUGCCGCACUGAAUGGGAGAAUAUGUAAGUACAUAAAUAAUGAAACUCCUCAACAAAAGCAUCUGUCUUUUAAAUCUGUAUGUUGUAUUAAAUAUUUGUUGUUUGUUUUUAAAUGACAUUUGCUGAUGUUCAAUAUAUUUAUCAUAAAAUUGUACAUUGUAUCAUACAUAGAUGAUUAUCGAUCACUAAUUCACAACAUGCAUUUUAUCACAUCUUUAUAUGCUAUGGAUAUCAGUCGUUGGAUAUUUUUUUCAUAUAUCACUGCUAUGAUGUCACAAUGGUUUUGGCAAGAAAGUGAUAAAGUAAAAUAAUGUGAAUUCAUUUAUAAAAACUGUGUAAAACAUUGAUAGUGAUGUAUAAAACAUGUGAUAAAAAGAAUAUCCCAUGAUUUGUGGUUGGAUAUGAUUUUUAUCCAACUCGUUUUGGGUUUUGAUCCUCUCGCCUAGGCUCAGGAAUAAAAAAAAAAACUCGUCGGAUAAAAAUCAUAUUCCACCACAAAUCAUGGGAGAUCCUUUAGUUACUCGAUCAUUAUAAUGUUUGUGUACUUGUGUAUAUUAAUCAUAUUAAUGAAUGCAUGUGUGCGAGGGUGUACAUCCCGUUGGUCGUGUGUGUGUGUGUGUGUUUGUGUUAUUACUAUAACUGGCAUUUCAUUGCUCAAUGAUUUUCAUUUCUAUUUAUGAUUUCACAAUAAACUGAAUAUUUUAUGAAUCAGUUAACAUA